CAGGACUGCGGCACCGAGUCCGGAAUCUGAAUUCGGGAGAAAUUGGAGCGAGAGAGAAAUCGAAUCGGAUCGGGAAAGAUUGAUUCCAUGAAGUCUGGAGAUUGCCAACAUCAUCAUUUUGAUUAGUACCAUUUGAGAUUAUGGAUCUAAUGAAGAAAUCUCAGUCUAAUUGCCAAGGUGUGUUUCUGUGGUUGAACGUGGUGUCAGGAUUCUUGAUUGGAUGGAGUGUUGCAAAGUCAGAUGAACCUCUCAUUCUUCAAAUUGAUGAGGAGCAGCCACCUUUUACCAUCAUUGGAGAUAUCAAUGCAGGCCUGCCUCCUGGACAUACAACUAGUAGCUUCUUCAUUCACGAGACUGAUGGAACAGGCAUGUCCUCAGACUUAAUUAUUGAUGAAACCACUGGGAUUAUCAAAACAGCCAAAGUGUUGGAUCAUGAGUCCAGAGAUAAGUACAAAUUUGUGGCUGUAAAUUGGGGAGGUGAUGCAGUGGAGGUGGUCAUAAUCGUCAAUGAUAUCAAUGAUAACUCUCCAGUUUUUCCUAGCAGGCAAAUGAAACUGAAUGUACCUGAACAAACACCUGUGGGAACACGAUUUCGUUUAGAUUCAGCUAUUGAUGCGGAUGGAGGUCAGUUUAGCACACAGGGCUAUCUUAUUAAAGAUGGAAAUGUGGGGCAAGCCUUUAGGCUUGAAACCAAGAAACUUGCAGAAACACUGGACCUGGAACUAGUAGUGAAUAAUCCCCUGGACAGGGAGAAGAGAUCUACUUACACCUUAGUCAUUGAAGCUUUUGAUGGUGGAACUCCCCGCAGAACCAGUCAGAUGAUUCUGGAUGUCUCCAUUUUAGAUGUAAAUGAUAAUGCUCCAAGAUUUAAUCAGACUCGAUACUAUACCAUGAUCUCAGAGAGCCUACAGCCUGGCAGCAAUAUUCUGCAAGUCUUUGCCACAGACAUGGAUGAGGGAAAUAAUGGGGUGGUCAUUUAUGAGAUCAACAGAAGGCAAAGUGAUCCCGAUCAGUAUUUUGCCAUUGAUUCAAAGACAGGCGUUAUCAAGUUAAAUAAAGGGUUGGAUUAUGAAAUGAAGAAAGUUCAUGAGCUGGUGGUCCAAGCCAGAGACAAUGCCACACAUCCUGAAGUAACAACGGCAUUUGUAACAGUUCAGGUAAAGGAUUACAAUGACAACCAGCCCACACUCACCAUCAUCUUUCUCAGUGAAGAUGGUUCACCUCAUAUCUCAGAGGGAGCUCAGCCAGGCCAGUUUGUGGCCAGGAUCUCUGUAUCGGAUCCUGACUAUGGAGAAUAUGCCAAAGUCAAUGUAUCUCUAGAUGGUGGUGAUGGUAAAUUUGGGUUGACUACAAAAGACAAUAUUAUUUAUUUGAUUUGUGUAGACCAGAUGUUAGACAGAGAAGAGCAAGAUACUUAUCAGCUGAGUGUCACGGCAACUGAUUCUGGAACACCACCAUUGAGGGCUGAAUCCACAUUUACCAUACAUGUAACUGAUGUUAAUGACAAUCCUCCAGUCUUUGACCACUCUGGGUAUCGACAGUCCAUCCCUGAGGUUCUGUAUCCUGGCAGCUUUGUGCUACAAGUAACAGCCAGAGAUAAAGAUGAGGGCAGUAAUGGUGAAAUUGUGUACAGUAUUACUGGCAAUACAAACUCUCAUUCUGAAUGGUUCACCAUCGAUCAAACGACUGGUGUUAUUACCACGGCUGCAAAUUUGGAUUAUGAAACAGAUCCUGUUCCCAAGCUGGUGGUGACGGCUACUGAUCGAGGAAAUCCUCCCAUGUUCUCCUCUGCUACUGUCACUAUUGCAAUCCAAGAUGUGAAUGAUAAUGAGCCUGUGUUCAGCCGCAAUUUUUACAAUACUUCGAUCAAAGAACAUCUUCCGAUGGGAACCUGCUUCCUCCAGGUAUGA